CGAUAUACCAAAUACUAUUUGCUGGAAAAGGUGACUACGUUGUCCCCACUCACUACACCAAAGAGUUGAGAAGUCUACUCCAGUUAUGUCUAGUCGGCCCUCACGAUGCAAAUUUACUUGAAGAUGCCUCUGGCCUUUCUGCACCCGUUCAUCAAUCUUUUUUCCCCACUCUGGGGGAGGAUCCAAGCUCUACGGGGCAAAGAUCGCCAAAUUUUCAGUCCUGAAGUAGCUGCACGUUUAGAAGAUCUGCUCGAAGAGAUAGGUAACAUGAUGGACUGGCUCCUCCAACAAUACCGAGACUUUCGGCAAACACAAGACGUCAUCAACUGUCAGCUUGACAUCAACUUUACGGCGAUUCAUUCUUUAGCCGUUGUCAUCGUGAAGAUAAUGUUCGCAUCAGCGGAGGGAUGGAAUGACUAUGCCCUUGCGCUUAUUGAAGAUCUGGAGCAAGCUCUUAAGGAGAGCGGCGGUGCGAUCACAAUGGACAGGAGUAACAAGUUGUUCAAGCUGGACAUUAGCAUGGAAGAAACAUUCAGGCAUUCGCUAAUUACCGCCAGUAACUUUGCGCCGUGGAUGCCAGCUAAUACUGAACUGCUCAAUGACAACUUUGUAGUAGACGGGACUUUCUUGCCCAAAGGUAGACGGUUUGCUAUGGCCGCAGAGUCAUUGAGUAUAUUUCCGAGCGUGUACGAGCAAUCUAAUGGAUUCAGAGGUUUCCGCUUCGCUACCUCCAGAGGCCCGUCGGCCAGUCCGCAAGUUGAGUUAUAUACCAACUCAAGCCUGCAUGGAAUGCUCUCUGGCCACGGCAGGUAGGCGUGGCCCGGAAGAUUCUUUGCUGCGCUGGGUGGCUGGUCAUCCUGAUGCAUAUUCUCGCAAACUACGAGCUGAAGCUGCCGGGCGGACUGGUGCCGCAGAAGGAGAAGUUUGCGGAUUUGUAGAAUCUAGUUCCUAGUGCGAUGUUGGAAACCCGAAAACGGAGGCCUUCCGCACAAUUGGCGGCGCUGCAAUUGCAGUGUGGUAGUGGCGCUCCGGCAGCAGUAAG